AUGGAGCCGGCGGCGGCGGCCGCGCCGGGCAACCUCUCCCGAGGCGGCGGCAACGAGAGCGGGGCGGCGGCGGCGGCCGCCUCCGGGGCGGGGUGGUCGGCGGCGGCGCUGGCCUCGCAGGCGCUGGCUCUGCUGCUCAUCUUCGCCCUCUCGGCGCUGGGCAACGGCGCGGUGGUGCUGGUGAUCGCCCGGCACCGGCAGCUCCGCACGGUGACCAACGCCUUCGUGCUGUCGCUGUCGCUGUCCGAGCUGCUGGGAGCCCUCCUCUGCCUGCCCCUGGCUUUCCUCAGCCUGCUCAGCCGCCCGCCCGGUGCCUGGCUCUUCGGGCAGCGCCUCUGCUUGGCCAGCGCCGCGCUGCACGCCGGGCUGGGCAUCGCCGCCACGCUCACCAUGGCCCUGCUCUCCUUCGACCGCUACUGCGCCAUCGUCCGCCAGCCCCGACACAAGAUGGGCCGCCGCCGCGCCGCCCAGCUCCUGGCCGCCGUCUGGCUGGCGGCCCUAGCCCUGGCCGGGCCCUGGUACGGGCUGGCGGGCGAGGGGCAUCGGGAGGCACGUCCCGGGGCGUACCGCUGCGUCUACGUGCUGCCCUGGGGCUCCUCGCGGCUGGGGCCACCCUACGGAGCAGCCCUCAUCGUGCUCUGCUACCUCCUGCCCUUCGCCCUCAUGUGCUUCUGCCACUACAACAUCUGCCGGGCCGUGCGGCUGGCCGAGAGCCGCGUGCGGCCCCUCACCACCUACGGGCACCUGCUGCGCGCCUACGGGGAGAUGCGCACGGCCACCACCGUCCUCAUCAUGAUCGUCUCCAUUAUCUGCUGCUGGGGGCCCUACUGCAUCCUGGGGCUGGCCGCCGCUGCCGGCCGCCUGCCCUUCUCGCCCACCAUGGACGCCGUGGCCAGCGGGAUGGCCUGGGCCAACGGGGCCAUCAACCCCCUCAUCUAUGCCGCCCGCAACCCCAACAUCUCCGUGCUGCUGCGGCGCAGCCGCGAGGGCGGCUACAGGACUAGGAACAACGUGGCCGCCUACCUCUCGGCCCCGGGCCGCAGGCCGGAGCCUCGCAGCCGGGCUGACCGUGUGCGGGAGCGCUACGUCAACCGGCACAGCGGGCCCCCGGGCAGCGCCCCGUCCUCCUCCAGCCCAGCGAGUGGGGGAGAGGUGGCCAUGUGGGCCUGCAAGAACCCAGCUGUCCUCUUCUGUCGGGACGGGCAGCCGGACACCAUCUCCGAGGCCACCACGCAGGCCAAAGCGGACACCGUGGACACCAGCCUCUGACAGGGUUGGGGUCCGGGAUGGAGGCGUUGGGCCCCAGGGCUGUCUCCCUCAGGAAGCAGCGGGAGCCCCAGCACUUGCAGCACUUUGCAGCCAGGCUGCCAGGAAAGCGGAGAGACGGGACUGCAGGAGCCAUAGUCGGAUUUCUUCGUCUUGCGAGCUCUGGUUUGGUGGCCCAGUCUGCAAGCAGCGAGAGAUCCCAGGGAAAGGGUGUGCCCCUUCCAUUUCAGCAGGCCUGAUGCACUGGUGAUAGCUGCUGGGCCAAGCCAGCACAAGAGUUUGGCUGCAAGAACAAAGCAGCGAUUGCUCCAGUCCUGCAGAAAGCGCCAAACUGAAGCUGAGGAGCAGACACACAAACACAGCCCAAACCAACAACUGACUGUGUGAGCUGUUUGUUAAGUGCCAAAAGAGCAAUUGAAAGCUGCACACUGGCAGCGGGAAGACACUCUAAAAUCACCACACUGUGAAAACCGCAUCAUGGCAGGAAAAUGUUGCUUUAACCCAUUAUAUGUGGAAGUGCAGAAAGUCACAGAAUGUUGGACAGGCUAAAAAGUGAUCUAUUAUGAUGAUUUUUACUUAAACUCCCAUGCAUAACAAAACAGUAAUUGUUGUGACAGAUGUCUACAGAGAGGGAAAAUGUGUGAUAGUGGGAGGGAGGGAAAGGAAGAUUAAACUUGUCAGCAUUUCAGCAGCCUUUUCUUUUUCUUUACAGGUACAGUCAGCUUAAAAUACUAUGAAUGUGAGAAAUGAGAGCUCUUCAGAACUGAGGAAAAGGGUGUGGGUGUAGACUUUGGUAUCACUGAGCUUGUGCACAAGGUGUACGCUUUCUUUUUGAGCUCAUCAGAAGUGUCUCACAUCUCUAACAGUUUAACCGUAUUUAGAGGAGUCAUGCAAGAGAGGUGAGUAUCCACAGGAGAGGUGAAGCAAUGCCACGUGUUCUUUGUGUGCUUAAGCAUGUGAAAAUGUGUAUAUGCAGAGAACAGAUAUCAUUGUACCGAUGGCAGCAAUCUGAUUCUGGAAUGUAAUAUUUAAAAACCAGCUCUGACACUGAAACAAAAUGAAAAUUACACCAGAAAGGAAAUGGAAGUGCAAUUGCACAGCAUAAAUUCAUAUGAAUUUAUCUGUAUAAUUUCUUUUUGCCCACAGGCUCUGAGGCCUAAAGCCUUAAAUUAGUAUUUUGAAUCAGAACUUAAGAUUGUCCUUUAUCUUUGCAGGAGUUAAAUGUGAAAGAUGGGCAGUGUUUUUCUUGUACUGUCUUUAAAAUUAUAAUGUUACUGUUUUACCAGCUUUUUCAACUGUUCGUGACUCAAGUUAACAUACUAUCCUUAUUUUGCAACUGAGACAAGAAAUAAAUUGUCUUUUAUGCAG